UUUUCGCAGAGAUGGGCGGGAGAGGGGAGACAGAGCAAUUCCAGCUCCACAUCUUUUCCUCAUGAGGCAGGUAGUGCUUGACUGUCCGCCUUUUUCCUCCCACUGUGUGUUGCUGCCGCAACAAUGUCUUACCUGUGUGAGUGGCGCCACACGUCCAAGCAGAGUUGAGGGACAGAGGACACCCGCGCCUGCUUUUUCCUCAUCUGGAUGGGAAGCUAUUUUGGCGGGGGGGAGAGAGAAGAGAGCAGAAGGCAGCCGGGGAAGGGGAACAACUGGCACUCGCCAAUUCCCCCUUCCGCACAUUAACCGGAGACGACGGAGGCCACUGGAGUAUUUGCUUUUAUCUUUCGUUUUCUCUUCUUUUUUUUCCUCAUCGCACUGCUGGGAGGUGCUUUGUCUGUUCAUUUGCUGGCUCUCUCACUUCUCUGUCUCCUCAUCUAUUUUGCCAUUUACCUGGUCAACAAUUUUUUCUAUUUAUGAGCCAGACAAGGAGAGUGAGAGAGAAGAGAUUGGAAGGGGAUUUUUUUCCCUCCCCUUUUUAUCUUUUUUUUUUUUUUUUUUUUUGAAAUCCCCUCUCCAUUCAUUCCCUCUCCCCUCUCAAUUGCUUUCACCUCCAGCCCCUUUCUUUCCCUGUGCAGCCCACGCUCCCUCCUCCCUUCACCGCCUCCUCCUCUCGAUGCCACUCAUUGUCCGCUCAUAACUUGGGAUACUUUUUCAUUCCAGCCAAAGUGCAAAUUGCUUUACCUACCAUGAAGACGUUUUAAUCGGCUCCCCUCUCUUUUGUACUUUUUUUUUACUUUUGUACCUUUCUCUAUUUUCCAUGUCCUAGUUUGUCCUCCUUCCGCCCAAUGCGUCCUUUUUUGGGCUCUUCUUAAAUCUAACAAUAGACGUCAGCUCGCUGGAGCAGAAGAAGCUGCCUCCCGUGGAGUACGUUUACCUUGAAAUUGCCGCUUUCCCCCUUGAAAUUGCUGUGCAGCCUCCCUCAGUCCGAGGCUAUGAGAGGGAGAGCGGAGGCCCAGGCUGCACCAUCAUGCUACUUCUGAGACGAAGGGAUGAGACUUGGGCCCACAAAACACAAGGUAUUUCUUUCCCGCUUCUCCACCAUGCCUGUCGGCGGCUGCCCCUCCCCCCUUCGCAUCUGCACCUACGCCCCCUCGGUCGUCCAGGACCAAGGGAGGCGAGUGCGCCACCUCCAUCCGCCCCUGCCCCCGUCGCCGCACUGCCACACCGUCUCACUUGGCGUCCUCCUCUUACUGCUCUGCCUUCUUCACCUGCCGCCCGCCUGCCAGUCGCGGAGAGAGAAGGGAGGCGGAGGAGGCGGCGGCCACUACAUCCCCAUCCCCCCUCCCCCUCCGCACCACAUGGCCCUUCCCAACAUCCUGCGCGGCCUCAGCAUCGCCGUCGUCCUGGUGGGCAACUCCAGUGAGAUGGCGCUGGCCGGGGCUCGCGAGAAGGAGGACUUCCUGCACAUGGCGCCCAACGUGGAGAUCCUGACCAUGAACGAGACGGACCCCAAAAGCAUCAUUAAAAGCAUCUGCGACUUAAUGACGGAGCACUGGCUGCAGGGCGUGGUGUUUGGAGAUGACACCGACCAGGAGGCCAUCGCGCAGAUCCUGGACUUCAUUUCGGCCCAGACCCACAUCCCCAUCCUCGGAGUCCGCGGAGGUUCGUCCAUGAUCAUGGCUGCUAAGGACGACGACUCCAUGUUCUUUCAGUUUGGACCCUCCAUCGAGCAGCAGGCUUCGGUCAUGCUCAACAUCAUGGAGGAAUACGACUGGUACAUCUUCUCCAUCGUCACCACAUAUUACCCGGGGUACCAGGACUUUGUCACCAAGAUCCGGAGCACUAUCGAGAACAGUUUUGUGGGCUGGGAACUGGAGGAAGUUUUACUUCUGGACAUGUCUGUCGACGACGGAGAUUCAAAGAUUCAGAACCAGCUCAAAAAACUCCAGAGUCCCGUAAUUCUUUUGUACUGCACAAAAGAAGAGGCAAACACCAUUUUUGAGGUGGCCCAUUCGGUUGGGAUUACUGGUUACGGCUACACGUGGAUCGUGCCCUCGCUCAUCGCUGGAGACACCGACGUGGUCCCUGCAGAGUUCCCAACAGGCUUGCUGUCUGUGUCCUACGACGAGUGGGACUACGGCCUCGAGGCCCGCGUCCGCGACGGCGUGGCUAUUAUCACCAUGGCGACCUCCACCAUGAUGAUGGACCGAGGUCCCCAUACGUUGCUCAAGUCCGAGUGCCACGGAGCGCCUGACAAGAAGACCCCCAUCUCGGGAAACCCCAAUGAAGUCCUCAGGUACCUGAUGAAUGUGACUUUUGAGGGCCGUAAUCUGUCAUUCAGUGAGGACGGCUACCAGAUGCACCCCAAGCUGGUCAUCAUUCUGCUCAACAAGGACAGACAGUGGGACAGGGUGGGCAAGUGGGAGAACGGGUCGCUUUCCAUGAAGUACCACGUGUGGCCUCGCUAUGAACUCUACGACGGGAUUGCAACCAGGGAGGACGACCACCUGUCCAUCGUGACGCUGGAGGAGGCUCCCUUUGUCAUCGUGGAAGACGUGGACCCGCUGAGUGGCACUUGCAUGAGGAACACCGUGCCCUGCCGCAAACAGAUCAAAACAUUGAAUCAGACGAAGGAGUCUGGGAUCUACAUCAAGCGCUGCUGCAAGGGCUUCUGCAUCGACAUCCUGAAGAAGAUCGCCAAGUCGGUCAAGUUUACGUACGACUUGUAUCUGGUGACGAACGGCAAACACGGCAAGAAGAUCAACGGCACUUGGAAUGGCAUGGUGGGAGAGGUGGUGUUAAAAAAAGCCCACAUGGCCGUCGGUUCCUUGACCAUCAACGAGGAAAGGUCAGAGGUCAUCGACUUCUCCGUCCCCUUCAUCGAGACGGGCAUCAGUGUGAUGGUCUCCCGGAGUAACGGCACCGUUUCACCCUCUGCCUUCUUAGAGCCCUUCAGCGCGGAUGUGUGGGUGAUGAUGUUCGUGAUGCUGUUGCUGGUGUCAGCGUUUGCCGUGUUCAUUUUUGAGUACUUCAGCCCCGUGGGCUACAACCGCUGUCUGGCUGACGGCAGAGAGCCGCACGGUCCGUCCUUCACCAUCGGGAAAGCCAUCUGGUUGCUGUGGGGUCUGGUCUUCAACAACUCCGUGCCUGUGCAGAACCCCAAAGGUACCACCAGUAAGAUCAUGGUGUCGGUGUGGGCCUUCUUUGCCGUCAUCUUCCUGGCCUCCUACACUGCCAACUUGGCCGCCUUCAUGAUCCAGGAGGAAUACGUGGACCAAGUCACAGGACUCUCGGACAAAAAGUUCCAAAGCCCCAACGACUUCUCGCCUCCCUUUCGGUUCGGCACGGUGCCUAAUGGCAGUACGGAAAGGAACAUAAGGAACAACUAUCCCGAGAUGCACUCCUACAUGACCAAGUUUCAUCAGAGAAACGUCAACGAGGCUCUUCAGAGCCUCAAAGCCGGCAAACUAGACGCUUUCAUUUAUGACGCGGCCGUGCUGAAUUACAUGGCUGGCAGGGACGAGGGCUGCAAGCUGGUGACCAUCGGCAGCGGCUACAUCUUCGCCACCACCGGCUACGGCAUCGCCAUCCAAAAGGAGUCGCUCUGGAAGAGACACGUGGACCUGGCCAUCCUGCAGCUCUUUGGGGACGGUGAGAUGGAGGAGCUGGAGUCCUUGUGGCUGACAGGAAUCUGCCACCACGAGAAGAAUGAGGUGAUGUCCAGCCAGCUGGACGUGGACAACAUGGCGGGGGUCUUCUACAUGCUGGGGGCUGCCAUGGCACUCUCGCUCAUCACAUUCAUCUGCGAACACUGGUUCUACUGGCAGCUGCGUUUUUGCUUCAUGGGCGUCUGCUCGGGCCGCCCUGGCUUUGUCUUUUCCAUCAGCAGGGGCAUCUACAGCUGCAUUCACGGCGUACAGAUUGAAGAGAAAAGCAGCUCAGCAUUGAACUCCCCAUCAGCGACCAUGAACAACACUCAUUCCAACAUCUUGCGCCUGUUACGCACGGCCAAAAACAUGGCCUCCGGGGUGAACGGCUCACCGCACAGCGCGCUGGAUUUCAUUCGACGGGAAUCUUCCGUUUACGACAUCUCGGAACACAGACGCAGCCUGGCGGGCCACUCGGACUGCAAGCCGCCUUACUUACCGGAAGAUAACAUGUUCAGUGACUACAUCAGUGAGGUGGAGAGGACGUUUGGCAACGUCCACAUGAAGGACAGUAAUCUGUACCAGGACCACUACCUGCACCAUCAUGGUUCCACACUUGGGCUCAGUGGACCAGCGCCCAACAGGCCGCAUAGUUUGGGCAGUGCCAGUUCCCUGGAGGGCGGCAUGUUUGACUGCGACAGCCUCGGAGGGGGAGUGCCGCCGAUUUUCACCACCCAGCCCUGCUCGGCGCUCACCCACAGAAACAUGAGCAAGUUUGACCUUCUGUCUGGACAGACUCCCCCCUCGGGGCCGGGCUUUAAGAGUGGCCCGCCUGACGUGUACGGAAAGUUUUCUUUCAAGGGAGGCGCCUCGAGUUCCACUUACAUCCCUGGGCCCAGUUACUGCGGAGGGAGAGCGGAUGACGAUGGGAAUAUCCGAUCCGAUGUCUCUGAUAUUUCCACGCACACGGUGACCUACGGCAACCUCGAAGGUAAUGCCAAGAAGCGAAAACAAUACCGCGAUAGCCUGAAAAAGAGGCCGGCCUCAGCCAAGUCCAGACGCGAGCUGGAUGAGAUUGAGCUAGGCUACAGAAGAAAACCCUACCACAUCAGCCACCACCACUACCACAACCAUCGUUCUGCCUCGCCACCACUUUUGCCAUCCGAACGGAAGCGAGGAGGAGGAGGAAAUAAUGACAGCAACUAUCUGUUCAGAGAGAAGGAGAGCGUGAGGGACUUUUAUUUGGACCAGUUCCGCCCAAAAGAGGGCGUCCCUCAGUGGGAACAUGUAGAUCUGACUGAGGGCACCGGAAAUAGAGACGGUGGAGUACCAACUUGCACUUCUCUGGUUCCGGUGGAGGACUUCCUCAAGGGCAAACCUAAAAAGUCUGAAUCCAAAAGUGGCGGAGGAUCCGGAUUGGCAGGGGGAGAAUGGGAGUGCAGGAACUGCCGUUCCGGAGCAGGAAUGAAGCCGAUGUCCAUGCACGGAGGAGUUAUCGGUGGCGGGUAUGGCGGCGGGAUGAGCUGCGGGUCCUCGGGGGGCGGAGGCAGCAGCCGCCCGAGCUCUGCAACCUGUAUGCGCUGUGAGGGCUGUAAAAAGACGGGAAACCUCUAUGACAUCAGCGAGGACAACAACCACCUCUUGGAACAGAUCGGUGGAGGGGGAGGAGGCAUCGGUGCAAUCCCCCAGCCGCAAUCUCAAGUCCAGCAGAGGAGGAAGGGUGGAGGAUUUGGCAAGCCACUCAGGCGGCAGCAUUCCUAUGACGCGUUUGUCGACCUUCAGAAGGAUGACUCGGGCGGCAUGGGCAGCAUGAUGGGGGGCAUGGGAGGCGUUGGGGGGAUGAGCGGUCCAGGUAUGGGAGGGAUGCUACCGCCUCCCAGAAGCGUUAGCUUGAAGGAGAAGGAGCGCUACAUGGAGGGCACCAGCCCCUUUGCGCACAUAUUUGAGCGUCACGGGGGCUCCGAGAGGGAAAGGGAAAGGGACAGGGACCCUUCGUUUUAUGGAGGCGAUGGACGGUUCGGGGGCUUGUUUCGAGGAGGCGAGGGCCUCCAUCGUCGCUCCGUAGGAGAGAGAGACAUGAGAGACAGGGAUAGGUCUCUGAUGGAAGGUGGAGGCGGGGCCGCGUUCUCUUUAUCGAAAUCUCUUUAUCCUGACCGGGUAAACCAAAACCCCUUUAUCCCAACAUUUGAUGAUGAUCAGUGUCUCAUGCAUGGAGCCAAACAGUAUUACAUGAAAAAGCAACAGCAGCAGCAGCAGCAGCAGCAACAGGUUGCCAAAAACAGUCGAAGUGACUUCAGGAGCCAGUUGAGCACGACGUCCUAUCUGCCGACAUCUGCCACGACUGGCGUCAUGUCAAAUGUGUCCCCCCGGUUCCCGAAAGAGCUCAGCCUGGGUGGGCUGAACCACCACGGCUCCAUGCUUGGGGUCGGCCCACCGCGACCCUUCAACGGAAGCAACGGCCAUGUCUACGAGAAACUCUCCAGCAUUGAGUCAGAUGUGUGAGAAACCCAGCCUGGAUUUGGGAUUAGGAACGGGAUAGAGGUGUGUCGUGUUAGGAGAUCAGGGAUGUUUUUAAAGACACAGUCCACGCACUGCAUCUCUAUCCCAUACGGAGACUGGAAUUUAGGGUCAGCUGGGCGAGAGCCAAAUGUGGUGUCAGAAGCAGGAUGAAAACUUGAUUAUAGAAAAAUCUAUAUUUUGCAAGCUAAUCUUGGUAAACACAAAAAAAAAAAUCAGGACACCAAGCUGAGGCGGGGGAUGUGACCCCUCUCUCGCAAAUGGCCAAAGCUACUCUACUUAUAUGUCCAGUCACGGUCAAUUAACUGGGAAAAUGCACUCAACUCAAGCCUCGCGUUUCAUCCAGCAGUGAAGGCGCAGUCGCCGCACUGGGCCAAUAUCGCUCAUCUUAAUUUGAUAUCGGGCGCGUGAGCCCGCUGAGAUUUGACGGCAGCUCGAGAGCUCGCGCCGAGAGCUGACGAGGGAAAACUUGCGAGACCGGAGCGCCCACCGAGCGGCCCAUCUGGGCUCGAGUCGGCUCCCCCGAAGGAAGACCUUGUCGCCUUGCCAGAGUGGCAACACGGAUGACUUGUCCCUCCCGCCCUCUCCGGAGGGAUCGUCUCAUCUCGCCAUCCUGAACUUGUCUCAAUCUUCUGUUGUCACCAAAACAUUUGUUCGUUGGAAGAAAUACAAUCACGGAUGACAAGAUUUCCUUCGAGAAAGAAAAAAAAAAAAAAACAACAGGGUAUAAGAUCAACAAUAAUAUUAAUCCCAUUGUGAAUAACAACAAUGAUUGUGUUAACGCCGCUUAUAAUAUUGUUUUUUUAAAUGCUUUAUGCUCAAUUAGUGUCACAUUCCAUCCCUGUUUUGGUACUUGGCUGGUCGUUCAACCUCCAAGCCGGACUGAACUCUUGAGUUGCCUGUAGGAUGUUUUGCUUCACGUGAGUAUGCAGUCCAUCUAUUUUCCCCUGAUGGAAAAAAAAGGAUCUCAAAGACUCAUACUUUGUUUACCGUUUGGAGAUAUUUCAAAAUCAAGUGCGGAUAGACUGCGUGUUACGUCAGCGCCCGAGAGCCGCCGAUGUCGAGAGAAAAGGACGUGCCUUAAUGGUCUCCGAUGGAAGUGUCCUCCUGUUCGCGCGGUCACGCGGCGGCGCCGAUACUUGGUCGUCUCUUCACGUCCGUGCGCCAAAACUGCAGUAAAAAUUUUACAAGCGGCGAGAGAUGCCGCCUGGCAGUGGUUUAGAUACAAGAUGCUGCAGAGUUUUAUAACUUCGUAAAAAAAGGCUUUUAUGAACCUGUACGCCAGUUCUAUUCAGGAUGUCCCACACUGUCUCGGAGUGGCCCACUUCACAGCGCGGCGGCCUUCUACUUAGCUUCUUUUCGAUUCAGGUUGCAUGAUAAUAGUCACCGCCCCUUUUUGGCCUCUCACUAGUGUCGCCUAUGACAACAUCCGUCGUGGUCCGGGAGCCCAGUUGAACUUUGCACGUCGUGCACAAAGAGGUGGCGAAUGUGGCCCUGUGACCACGGUUCGUCAUAAUCCGUUGAGCAGAGGAGGACGUCCGUUCGAGAAAGGCCGCUGAGAUACCAGCUUUGACUGAUGUAGAUAGUUUGCGUUUUUGUUUCUAUUUCCUAAAGCUGGCCAAGCCUCAUUAUUGCACAGGACCUUUACCCGGUGUAGGUUCAGGCACUCGGUAGACAUGCCUUAUCAUCCCAUCACGCCCCCCCCCCCCGCCCCACACCUCCCCCUUCCCGCCCUCUUUCACAGGAGCUGUCUGUUAAUGACUCAUCAUCUAACUGUACAGAAUAAAAAAGCCUCUAUUAGCUAUUUAAAGGUUUGAUCUUCAAUUAGCUGGCGGUGUCGGAAGUUCAAGGGCUGCAAGAGAUUGCGCAGGAGUGCUCAGCCAAGAUUGGAGCUGCUGGAGUGUGCAGAGCGCUGACAUCUAUCUUAUAACCUCAUCUAAAUGCACCGCUGUUACAGGUGUGUGUGUGUGUGUGUGUGAGUGUCUGUGUGUGUUGUGCGAGUGAUGAUGCAAGUCGCAAUUUAAUGAUAACAGCAUUUUUUUUUGUCCACAGACUUGCUGAUGACUCUUGAUAAAUUCA